GUGGGGCACAGCUGCAGGAGGAGGGGAGGCGGAGUGCUGCCCUCCUUCUGUCCCAGGCGUCUUCAGUGGUGGGACAGGCCAGGGCCUCUGCUGGGCCGUCCCUGCUGGGGCUCUGUGUCCCCGGAGAGUGAAGAUGGCAAGUUUCUGGAGCUCCUCUCUGUCCAGCCGCCUCCCCUUCUUCCUGCUGCUCCUCCAGUCACCUUCUAGCCACGCAGGACCGUUCCGAGUGGAGGGCCCGGGGCGCCCCGUGCGCGCCCUGGUGGGGCACCCCGUGGAGCUGCCGUGCCGCCUGGUUCCCGCGAGGAACGCCAGCGCCAUGGAGGUGGGCUGGUACCGGCCCCCCUUCUCCCGGGUGGUGCACCUCUACCGCGGCGGCCAGGACCAGGCGGAGGAGCAGGCGCCCGAGUACCGCGGCCGCACCGAGCUGCUGCGGGGCGCCGUGGCCGAGGGCAAGGUGGCGCUGCGCAUCCACCGCGUGCGCUUCUCCGACGAGGGCGGCUUCACCUGCUUCUUCCGAGACCACGGGCAGCAGGAGGAGGCGGCGCUGGAGCUGAAGGUGGAAGAUCCCUUCCACUGGGUGGGGCCGGGCGCGCUGGCCGGCCUGGCGGUGCUGCCCCUGCUCCUGCUGCAGCUGGUGGCCGGCCUGCUCUUCCUGGGCCUGCAGCGCAGGCUGAGAGGAAAACUUCGAGCAGAGAUAGAGAGCCUUCACAGGACCUUUGAUCCUCACUUUCUGAGGGUGCCCUGCUGGAAGGUGACCCUGUUUGUCAUUGUGCCGGUGCUCGGACCCCUGGCCGCCUUGGUCAUCUGCUACAACUGGCUGCACCGAAGACUAGCAGGGCAAUUUCUUGAAGAACUAAGAAACCCCUUCUGAGUGAAGGUGCGCGUUGGCAGAAGUGGAGGAGAGCCUGGCGGGGCCAAGGGUUGGUCCUGGGGUGUUGCAUCCAUCAAGGCCUCUUGGCUGUGGGCGCCUCCCACCCUGCACUUCCAGGAACGCUCUAAACUCCAAACAGGAUUGAUUUCUCUUU